AUGAGCGACAACAAGGACAAGAAGACAAAGUUUAGGUUCCAAGAAAGGAUCUUACAACUGCAACAACAGAAGGCCGGUCGUGCUGGGAGUGAAGGUAUGGGCUUAUUUCAACCAGCCGAUUACAUGAUUCGAUCUGACACCAAUAGAAUCACCAUCGUUUCCUCCACCUUCUCCACCCCAGCCCUGGCCCUACCGCAUGUCAGAAGACGGCUCCACCACGCCUACAUCCACCUCCAACCAGGCCAAAGAUGUAUUUCAACCUCCCAGAAGACGAAGGAUCCAUACGGAGAGGAAUACGAGAAUGCGUUGGCUGUGAAGCAGAAGCUGGAGAAGGAAAUUGCGGAGCUGAAGUCGGAGAUCACGGAUAUAGAGGACGAGAUCAUACACUUGGAUCUAGAGCGUGGUUGCAUUCGGGAGAGCAAUGAGGCUUUGGAGGCAUGCCGUGUACUAUGUACCCUUGAUUGGCCUCCAUGGAAUGGCUUCGUAACUGCGAUGGAGGCACUCAGCUUGCUUGAGCUUUUGACAGAGAGAAAGGAACCGGCGACCGACCGACCCCUUUCUUGA